CGGUUCUGUGAGUGGAGCGGCCUGCUGGGUCGCAGACCGGCGCGGGAGCAAGGCCGAAAACACGAACCCACGAGAGCGGGGGAGGACAACAGGACGGCUGCCAGCGCCAGACCUGGGUCAGUGAGGAGUCUCCGGGACCCAGCCCGCCUGCUGCUCCCAUCCUCACCUGGCACGGCGUCUCAUGGGGGACGACACCAUGUUAGGGCCCCGCGCCCGCCUUCGGGACGGACCAGGCAGGAGUUAAGAAGUCUCCAUUCCUUUCCUCCAAACCAGAAGACUUUGUUCCCUGCAUAUAAAGCAUGAGAUAUGUUGGUUAGAAACAACUGGCUCGUGUUUAAAACUGAAGAGUUUCAUGAUUAUUUAACCUAAGUCCUGUGCUAAAAUGCGAUGAACUGUCUUGGAAACACUAAUCUGGGGUAAACCAAAUCUGUUUCUGGAACCAUGAAAAUUUUGCUGGUUUUUGACUUUGACAAUACAGUCAUAGAUGACAAUAGUGACACCUGGAUUAUACAGUGUGCUCCAGAGAAAAAGCUUCCUGUCAAAUUGCAAGAAUCUUAUCAAAAAGGAUUUUGGACAGAAUUUAUGGGCAGAGUCUUUAAAUAUUUGGGAGACAAAGGCAUAAGUGAAGAUGAGAUGAAAAGAGCAAUGACAUCAGUUCCUUUCACUCCAGGAAUGGUGGAACUUUUAAACUUUAUAAGAACGAAUAGGAAUAAAUUUGAUUGUAUCAUUAUUUCAGAUUCAAAUUCAGUCUUCAUAGAUUGGGUUUUAAAAGCUGCCAGUUUUCAUGAUGUGUUUGAUAAAGUGUUUACAAAUCCAGCAGCUUUUAAUAACAGUGGUCAUCUCACUGUGGAAAAUUAUCACACUCAUUCUUGUACUAGGUGCCCAAAGAAUCUUUGCAAAAAAGCAGUUUUGGUAGAAUUUAUAGAUAAUCAGCUACAACAGGGAGUGAAUUAUACACAAAUUGUUUAUAUAGGUGAUGGUGGAAAUGAUUUCUGUCCAGUAACCUUUUUAAAGAAGAAUGAUUUUGCCAUGCCACGGAAAGGAUAUAGUUUGCAGAAAACUCUCUCCAGAAUGUCUCAAAAUUUUGAUCCUGUGGAAUCCUCUGUGGUAGUUUGGUCUUCAGGUGUUGAAAUAAUUUCUCAUUUACAGUUUCUAAUAAAAGAAUAAUAUCUCAUCCGUUGAAAUGUGUAUCAGUUAAGAUUAGGCUCAGCUGCAUAUAACUAAAACCUCAAGUACCAGUGCCUUUUAAAAAAAGGUUUUUUUCUUUCACUUAAAAGGUAAGUAUCCAGAGGUAAUAUCUCAAGGCUGGUGUGUUACUCAACCAACCUUAGCACUUGGCUUCCAUCUCAUGAUCCAAGAUUACUGUUCAAGCUCCAGCCCUCACAUCAGCAUUCUGGCCGGCAAGAAGGUUACAUCCCCUUCUUUAAGGAAGUUUACCAGAAGUUGCACCUAACACUUCUAUUUAAUUUCAGUUGGCCAAAACUUAGUUAUAAUACCCCACCUAAUUGCAAGAAAGGAUGGAAAAUAAACCUUUUAUUCUUGUGAUUGUUCCCAGGUAAAAAUUGGAAAAGAGGGGAGUACAGAAUUGUAGGCACAACUAGCAGUCUCUACCAAAGGUGGUUGAUAGGUAGAUUAGAUUUUUAAGUUUAUUUCCAGAGAGAAUAGUCGUGUAUUUUACUUUCAUAGAUAUUUAUUUCAAAACCAUGCCAGUAGAUAAAAAUAAGCUUGAGCUUUAUUCACAUAAGAAUAAAAGGCUCCCAAAUGUGUAUAAUGUCCCACUCCCAAGUCAGUGUAUUUUAAAGAUAGAAAUGCAAUAUCGGUUUCCCAGGUUUUCUUCAAUCUCAGGCUUUCCUUUUUGAAAUGAAAUAGAAAUUAAAUGCUGUUCAAAUAUUUUAAUUUUUAUCAUAGCGUCACAGAAUAUAACUCUACAUAGAAUAUUUAGUGUGCUGUUGUUAUUUGGAAAUGCAGUCUUGAGGGAUACAAUAUAUCAUUUGUAGGAAUUCUCAAUAUUUAAGAGACAUAUAGGAAUAUUUGCAAAGUAUCAACUGAUCUAGAAAGUUUUACAAAUAUAUGCUUAUUUUUAGACUCUCAUUGUGUUUUAAUUGUAAAUAUCCAGUAUGUAAUAUGAUUUUCUUUUCUAAAUUAAUGGAAAGCUUCAGAAGAAAAAGUAUUUGGUAUAAUGGGGAAAAAAUUUGAUACUCUCUAAAUCUUUUUUUUUUUUAAGUUUUAAAGUAAAUAUUUUGCUUUAAAAUUGAUAGGUUAAAUUAGGUUGAAACAUCUAACUCUUAUAGAUUAUCAUUUCCCUACAUGGUGAGACCAGGGUCAUACACAAGGGGAAGACAUCAUGUGAGGAUCUGGUCACAAGGUAAGGAAUGUCAAGAAACACCCAGUGCUACCAGAGCUGAAAGAGACAAGGAAGGAUCUUUUCCUAGAGCCAACAGAACAUAGUCGUACCAACACCCUGAAUUCUAACAUCUAGCCCCCAGAACAGUGAGAAAAUAAAAUUGUCCUUUAGAGCCACCUACUUUGUGGUAUUUUAUCACUGCAGCCCUAGGAAACUAAGACAAGUCAUAGGAGUGACUAGAGAGGUAGAGUAGAGGAACCACCUGUCCUUCAGAUGGGACUCUAGACUAGCUGUGGUAGGUGGAAUUCUAAAAUGGCCACAAGAUAUCUCCCCUGGUGUACACAACUUACAAAAUGUCUGGGGCUCUGAAUUUGUUGGAUCUUAUUUCUGUGAUUAGGUAAUGCAGUAUGGCACAGUUGACCUUAAAAUAGGGUGAUGAGCUGAGUGUCCUGACUGAAUCACAUAGGCCCUUCAAAAGCAGAGAGUUUUUCCACCUGGUUGCAGUAGAGCAAGUUAGUGAUUUGAAGCACAAGAAGGAUUUGGCAUGCCGUUGCUGACUUAAAGAGGGAAAGAGCCACGUGGUAAGGAAAGUGGAUGGCCUCCACGAAGUCAGAGCAGCCCCUGGCUGAUAGCCAACAAAGAAAUGGGGAUCUCAGUCCUACAACUAACUGCAACGAAAUGAAUUCCAUGUGUUUGGAAGAGGACCCUGAAACUCAGAGGAGAACUGCAGCCUAGGCUGACACCUUGAUUUCAGCUGGCUGAGACUCUGAGCAGAGAACCCCCAGCGACACCAUGCCCAGACUUGUGUGAGAUACUAAGUGUAUUGUUUUAAGAUGCUAUAUUUGUCGUGAUUUGUUACCUAGAAAUAGAAAACCAUUACAGUAGCUAAUCCCAUCUCUUAAGGAAUAGGUUGCCUAAUUUUUCCCAGCCCGGCUUCUCACACACACAUAAACAUACACACUCUUUUUUUGUAAUUAUCUACAUGUUGGGCAAUCUCAAGGGAGCCCUAGUAGUGCAGUGGUUAAAGCACUGGGCUGCUAACCGAAAGAUCGGCAGUUUGAACCCAGCAGCCGCUCUGUGGGAGAAAGAUGUGGCAGUCUGCUUCUGUAAAGAUUUACAGCCUUGGAAACCCUAUGGGGCAGUUCUACUCUGUCCUAUAGGAUCUCUAUGAGUUGGAAUAUGACUCGACAGCAGUGGGUUGGCAAUCUCAUGAAGUGUGAAUUGUUCUUUGUUGCUCUGACUAGACAGUAAAUGUCAUUAUGAUGUAUCAAAAGAUGUUAAUAAAAAUGAGUUUCAAGAGUGAUUUAAUUUUCUGCUAUUUUCUAAUUAUUUAUAAUAUGAUGUUUACACUUAAAAAAAAAAAAAAAAAAAAAAA